AUAGAAUUCAAACCACAGACAACAAUUUCAAUCGAGCUUGUCCUCCUAUCUUCAUAGCUUGUUUAUUGUCCAUUCAAAAUUCAAAAUUCUGGACAGUUGAAUUUUACUGCACUCUACAGCCUGUCAUUAGUUAAUUUAUAUUUAUUAUAGUUAUUCUUGUUUAGUGUUUUGUCUACAUGUUGAAUAUAUUGUACAAUAAAAUUCUGUUUUCAUCGUUUUACGUGUAGUAUCCAUGAGUAACAUGGAAGUGGAUGGUGUGGAGAACUGUAAGAGUAAUAGUUGUAGCAAUAUAUCAGACGGAGGAAAGUAUGCAAAUUCAAAGGCAUUCGUGGAUGCUGCACGCCAAUAUGAGACCACACAUAGCGAGGCGUCUGUUAGUUUAAUGCACAGAUAUUUAAAUCUGUUAGCAUCGACGUGUGAUUUAUCAAUAUUCGCUCCUGGGAGGUCGGAGGUGUGCGCCCUGUUCAGUUCGCUGUGGCGCGUGAUGCGGGAUCCGGGCGGGCCGCACUGGGCCGGCGUCGCGGUGCUGUCCCGGGCUUGUAUGGAGCCGAGCGCCCGGCAUGCGCUCACGCACACUUACAAAUUCAUGCCAAUAUUGACUCAGUUAUUAUCUAAUUCUAUUUCAAAUGACAAGAAAAUCAAGUUGCUGUUGGUAAUGCAGGACAUAUCCUAUGGUAUUACAAUAAGUUGGCAGGAGUCAUACCUCCCUGUGCUCAUGAAGCAGUUAACAGACUGGAUCACAUCCCCAUGCAAUGACACCCAGGAGCAACUGAUCAGGCACAGGUCCCUGACAGUGUUGGCCAACAUCUGCUCUGGAAACUUGCCCGCUGUAUAUGCCUUGAUGAGGACCAUAGAUACUAAGAAAUUUCUUGUGCAUCUUAUGAGUUUAAAGGACGGCUGGUACGGAGGGGCUGACGUGUGCCGACUGCUGCUGUGCCUGUCGGCGGCGACGCGCGGCGUGGGCGCCGUGCGCCAGACCGACGUCAACAGCUACCUGUCGUGCUGCGUGCUCACCUUCACCAAAGCGGUCACAGAUAAGGACUCGACUCAACUGCUGCAGGCGUAUACCCUGAUGAACGAACUGUGCCAAGACAUCAACCUGAGGAACCUCGUCGCCAGCGCGCCGGACUUCUGCCUCGAGGACACCUUGAAGAACUUGGUGGAGUUUUGCAACGCACCUAGCGAAGCAUUAGAGCCUGAGCAAGUCACUGACGUUGUCCGAAAUGCUUUAAAGUUUCUAGCAGUCUUAGUUAAUUUAGAUAUGUAUCCGUUUCGCAAAAACCACUGUCAAAUGCUUUGUCUGUGCUUGGUAGCGCAUCAGUUGUGUCUGCCAGAGAGCUUGGAAUUAUUUUCGUCCAUCAUAUAUCUAUACAAAGACGAAGGUCAACUACCUGAAGAGUUAACAUUUAUGAUUAGCGAGGGUUUACCAGGGCUUUUAGUGCCACCAUCGCUAGAACCAGGGAAAGCUGGAUUGCAAUGGCUGCAUGUGGUAGGUGCCCUGUGUGAGACGGGUUCGACGCAAGAACGAGUUCUGAGGGCUGUGUCGCCGGAGGCGUAUGAAAAGAUUCUAUACAGCGUUCUGCAGUAUUCUUCACAAAACGGGUCGGUGGGUCAGGACCAGGGCCAGCAGGCGGCCAUACUAGGCUGCAAGACGGCGUUGAUACUGGCGCCGCUGCUGCAGGCAUGGGGCGCCGCGCUCAAGAGGUUCCUCCUGAACAACCAGGUGCGGAAAAUGCUAUCGACGGGUCUGCGCAACGGAACGCGGCUGCUUGAAAUACUGAAGCUGAUUAGGCACCACCUUUUCCCUUGUGAUCUAAUGGAUGAGGUUUUCGAGGAGUGUCCGAAGCAGUCCGAGGGCUACGUGUCGCCGCGCGCCGCGGGGGCGCACGAGGCGUGGCAGUCGGCGCCGCGCCUCGCGGAGGCGGACGAGGCAUGGCAGGCGGCGCCGCGCCUCUCGGAGGCGGACGAGGCGUGGCAGGCGGCGCCGCGCCUCGCGCCGGGGCAGGAGCACGCGGUCGACGCUCUGGUGCGCCAGCUCACAGAAGCUCUUCAGAAGAACAAGGUAUCUGAUAUUGCCACAUCAAGUGUAAUGGAAUUGUACGGAUACAAAAUGGCAUGUUUGGAACAAAGGCUGCAUUCACAAACCGUAGCACUUCAGGGAGCGAGUGAACACAUGGCUUCCCUGCAACAUUCUCUAGCGAUGCUCCAAGCAACCAAUUCGUCUCAGCAAGAUGUGUUGUACACUACACAGAUGCAAAAUGAAAAAUUAAAAAAGACGAUCAACAAUCUGCACAAACAAUUAGAGGAUGCCGAGGGUGCCGUUCGCGGGUACCGAGCUAAGGUCGUCUCGGAAAAAACACUCAAAGAAAAGCAGAAAGAGAUAUUGCAGAAUGAAUUCAAAAUCCAGCUCACCAAUUUAGAAAAUGAAAUGAAAGCCAUCGAAAAAGAAAACCAGGAAAAAUUAAAGGCUGCUGAACAGGAAACCAAGGCAGUGCAGAAGUCACUGGACCAAGAGACGAGCAAGUGCAAUGAACUGGCGGCUGUGCUGAUACGGUUCGAAGAGCAAGUUAAGGCACAAGCCAAAGAUAUAGAAGAAGCUAAUGCACUUGAGCGAAGUCUUAGAAAAGAGAUAGAACUUAAAGAAUUGACAAUAAAGCAUCAAGAAAAGACGAUACUCGAGCGCGAGAACCGGCUGUACCAGCUGAACACGCAGCUCGAGGAGAUGAAGCGCGUGCAGGAGAUGAUCGCCAAGCUCACCUGCAAGGGCGCCGCCAGCAGCAGCGCGUAGCUCACAACACGCGACUUGAUGCGCUCCUACUAGUAUAAAAUAAUCAAAAUCAUGUAAUGAAUCAAUGACUUCAACACAUUACAAAAUUCCUUAGAUACAUUAUUAUUACCAUCUAUGACAUUAUAAUGGCAUUUGGUAUGGUGGAAUCAGUACCACACGACUGCAUCUCCUGUAUUUUGUGGAAAGAGAUACAGUACGAAUAUUUUCGCAAACACGGCGAAGGGAAGUGUCAUCUUUAAUAGGAUGCCAAUCGGACUAGGAGUGAGGUGACAUUCCAUUUUGAUCAUUUCAGAAUAGUGGAUUGGAUUGAUUAGUCAAAUUAGUUAUAGUUCGUGUCAUCCACGAUGACGCACAGAUUUGUCAAAUCUAACCUUUAAUAACAGAACGAUACGAGUCAGGGCCCGAAUCGUGAAUGACACGAUCCCCUUUGAAAUGUCUUAACAUUUACCAGUGUAAUGAAAUUUAUAAACUGAAAUAAAUGUCAUAUACUAAGAAAAAGUGACCAAGGCUGGAAUCGAACCAGCGUUCUAUCGCGGCAGGUGCCUGAGCCACUCGGCCACCGGGGUCAUGGCAGCAUUGGUCGAAUUUUUCCAAGUAUAUGCAUUUCUUUCUUAGCCAUCUCUAAGGUAGAACAGUAUGGUUCAUACCUUCUAACUGGAUCAACUCAGGUGAUACCGAGCUAGCGAGAGAUAUGGCGCUGACAAUCAAUACUAUUAGAAGUAUUAGAACAAAUUAAAAAACUUGAAAUAAAAACAAAUUAAAAAUAUUUUCUGAAAGUAAUUUAAUUUGUUCUCAUACUUCUUAUAGUAUAAUGAAAUUUGUUUAAAAUACCAACUUACGACAAUAAGUUAUUAAUAGUCCAAUGAAUUUCUACAGUAUCCUUUGAAUAUACAAAGUCUUUUUACUAACUACAAAUAAUCAAAAGCCGAAAAAUACAACGAAAAUUGUGCAAGUCUGUAUGUUUGAUACUUGUGAAAUAUUUGAUUUUAAUUGCAAUCCGAUUCCCUAUUAUAUAAUUAUUCACUAAAUCAUUGUUUAGUUAUCUACUAACCCCCUUAUAUAUGUGUUGGACGAAAUGCGAAUUGAAAUAUCAUUUGGGCGAACUGCGAAUUGGACGCACAACUAACAAAUCAUUCAUAAACAUGUACUAAAGUUACGAAGCCGCUAAUAAUCGUUUGUCCCUUUCCGACCUAUUGGUAUGAUGGAAAGGGACAAACGAUUAUUAGCGGCUUCGUAAUUUUAGUACAUGUUUAUGAAUAAGGGGGUUAGUGCCUUGGGUAGUUUCGGCAAAAAGUAUUUUUUAAUUGGAGUUAAUUAUCUCUAAGAAGGUUAAAAUGAUAAUACUUAUUAAUGAAAUUCAUUCAGAGUUAAUGAAUUAAUUGAGUUUAUCAUUAUCCUUUUCUGGCUGAUUUUUAGGAAUAAAGAAGACUAGAACUGGAAUUUUAUGGAGACUCUUAUUUUGUGAUAGGUUUUAGAAAUAUAUUUUAUUUGUGAAAUUAACAAUAAUGUAAAUUGAUCAAUAAUGUGCAUGAUAUGUAAUAGAAUAAGUUAUAAAAUUCUUUUUUAACCUUGAUAUAUACAUUUUAUUAAUUCUAGUCAAUGAAUUAUAUAAUGGCUUGAGCAGG